CCGUAUAAGAGCGGAGGGGGCGGCGGCGGGCCGGCUCACUCGGUGCCGCUAGCUGGGGACUGUAGUGACCGUGCCGCUCCUGCCGGGGGCUGCCCACGCCUAGGACCUCUCUCCUCCGCCACCGCCCAGUCUCCCUGGAAGAACACCCUCGAGAUGGCAGAGGAGAGCAGCAGUGCCAGGGACUGCUCGUCCUUCAGUGUGCUCAGCUGGGAUCAAGUUAGCCGACUGCAUGAGGUCCUGACAGAGGUCGUCCCCAUCCAUGGACGAGGCAACUUUCCAACCUUGGAGAUAACUCUGAAGGACAUUGUCCAGACUGUCCGCAGCCAGCUGGAGGAGGCUGGCAUCCAAGUGCAGGAUGUUCGCCUGAAUGGCUCUGCUGCUGGCCAUGUCCUGGUCAAAGAUAAUGGCUUAGGUUGCAAAGACCUGGACCUCAUCUUCCAUGUGGCCCUCCCGACAGAGGUCGAGUUCCAGCUGGUCAGGGACGUGGUUCUACGCUCCCUUCUCAACUUCCUGCCGGAGGGCGUGAACAAGCUCAAAAUCAGCCCAGUCACUCUGAAGGAGGCCUACGUCCAGAAGCUGGUGAAGGUCUGCACAGACACGGAUCGCUGGAGCCUCAUUUCCCUCUCCAACAAGAACGGGAGGAAUGUGGAGCUCAAGUUUGUGGACUCCAUCCGGCGUCAGUUUGAGUUCAGUGUGGACUCCUUUCAGAUCAUCCUGGAUUCUCUGCUCAUCUUCUAUGACUGCUCUAGCAGCCCCAUCUCGGAGCACCUGCAUCCCAAAGUCAUCGGGGAGAGCAUGUAUGGGGACUUUGAGGAAGCCUUCGACCACUUACAGAACAGACUGAUUGCCACCAAGAACCCCGAGGAGAUCAGGGGCGGGGGACUGCUCAAAUACAGCAACCUGCUCGUGCGGGAUUUCAGACCCACUGACCAGGAAGAAAUCAAGACUCUAGAGCGUUACAUGUGCUCUCGGUUUUUCAUCGACUUCCCGGAUAUCCUCGAGCAGCAAAGGAAGCUGGAAACCUACCUUCAGAACCACUUUGCCGAGGAGGAGAGGAGCAAGUACGACUACCUCAUGAUCCUGCGCAGGGUGGUAAAUGAGAGCACCGUGUGUCUCAUGGGACACGAGCGGAGGCAGACCCUCAACCUCAUCUCCCUCCUGGCCUUGCGCGUGCUGGCAGAACAGAACAUCAUCCCCAACGCCACCAAUGUCACCUGUUAUUACCAGCCAGCUCCUUAUGUCAGUGAUGGCAACUUCAGCAACUACUACAUUGCCCACCCUCCAGUCACCUACAGCCAGCCCUACCCUACCUGGCUGCCCUGUAACUAGCCUUGAGACCUGAGGGUUGCCACCACCUGGGGAACCCCAAUAGGGCAAGGGCUUUCAGGUAGGGAAGCCUCCUUCUAGAUGUAGGUGUUUGGCUUUUAAAGGGGAACUCAGCUCUGAAACUGCUUUUUUUUAUUUUUUUUAUUUUUUGUGUGUGUGUAUACCCAUUGGAAUGAGUCUACCAUGAGCCAACCCUAAAGGGACCCAUUUUUCCAGUGCCACUUUGGAAAAUUCAAUAGGAAGUAUGGACCUAUCCACAUCUUUCCAAGAUAAAUAUUAACAUGCGUUGGCCAACCAAAAGCACAGAGGGGAUUGGAGCUCUGUGCAGUAUUUGAGAUAUGGAGACACUUGGGCCAUAGAGAACUGGACUAAUUGUCUUCCCAACUGAGCCUCCAAAGUAGCCCAAGUUGGUCCUCACCUGAGGUUCUCAGCAGUUCCAUGAAAGUUGUGUGGAUAGUGUGUACGUCCCCCUUUGUAUCAGUUUUAGUCAGGCAGAAAAUGGUAAAUCUGAGGGUGCUCUUGUGGCUUAAUUUUUGUUCAAGGAGCUAAAAUGCUUACAUUUAUUCCCUGUCAGCAGAGCUGAGGACUCCUUUUGGCAAACCCAGCAGAGCCAAUAGCUGGAGAAUUGUGAUCUGUUUGGAAGUGGUUUCUGGCUUAGAUGUUGUGCUAUCAAAAGGAAUUGUGAGAGAGUGCUGAGAAAAAAAAAAAGAAAAAUUAGAAAAAAAGACCUUUUCUUGAAAUGUAACUUGAAAACAAAAUAAAAUGUGGAAACAUAAUGUUAAAAUAGAAAUUUGGUGGUGGUGGUGGGGGGCUGAUUGUAAAUAGGAAACAUGAAUGUUCAAUUUUUCUUCUUUAAGGAAUUCUUAUUGAAUGACACAAUUUCCCCCCAUUAGCUCAUCCCUUUCCUAAAACAGCAUUGUGUUGAGUCUAGAUUCAUUGUCGUAAUUGAUAUGAGGGUCUUUCCAUGUUUUAAUUGGAAACCCAAUUUGGUCACAUUCCAAGUAUGGUAAGCUGUUGCUUUGUGGGUAUUUUCUGGCUGAUUUGUCCUUGUCCUUGUUUUUCCAAAAAGAAUGUGCAUACCUUCUCCAGGUUUUCUAACAGCAAGUAAAUUCAGGAACUUAAAAAUAAACAGAGCAACCUGUGGAAUGUGCUACUCUUCAGAGCAGAGUUCUUUGGCUGAGAGUACCUUUAGACGUGAACCUGUUAUACCCAUGUGGUACAUGAAACCCGAGGUCUAGCAUUCUGUCAAGGUUUGCAUGCAUUGGAGUAACCACAACACUUUGCACCAAUUCACUCUGAUGCACUGGAGAAGUGACUCAAAGAUUUUCCUUGUUCUGGUGGAUUUGAUCUUGUUUAUUUUCUGCACUUUAGGAGGAAAGCAGUGUUAAUCUCUAGUCUGAAGCAAGUUUAGUCAUGGGAGAGUUAUAGUCGAAUCUGCUGUUGCUCUCCCAGUAGAUUUAGGUAAGGGGUUUUGUGUUUGGAAACUUUUGUGUGGAAUCUUCUAGAAAGUAUCAAUUUAGGGUAUCAAGAACAAAGAAACCCAAGAUGGCCAGUCUGUUUGGUUUCUACAGUGAUUCUGCCAAGACCAUAUUCCCAAUUUUUCAUCUUCUCUGGAGGUCAUAAAGAAAAAAAAAUCCCAAGCCCUAAGUUCUUGCUAGCUCUCUUCUCACUUUAAGCAACAAAAAUGACCUUAGUGCAGAUACGUUCAGAAGCAACUGAAUGGUUUGCCUUUUUCUAGUAUAUUUUCAGGUUGUUGUAUUUCUGGAAUGUGAUGUCUCAGUCCUUUUAAGCAGGUCAAAUGGAAACCCAAGGCUGGUCUCCAUGCUCAGUAGGUGACUGGAGGCUCCUUUCUCUGUGUGAACAGCCUCCUGACAGGCAUAGCUACAUGUGAGUUAGCUGGUAUUGAGUCAAGGACCUUGAGAGAUCCCCCAGAUGCUUCAGUGUUAAAGGUGGACAAUGAAGAGUGAAUCUCAAGUUUAAAAACUAUGUGGUCAUCUGUGGCCUUUAAAAGCUGCUGUUGUGGUCACAUGAUAACAUGUUUGCAUGUGUGUGUGUGCGUGCAUGCGCGCACACACACACACACGCAUAUAUUUAACCAGAGCUAUUAUGUGCUGAAACUGCCAAAUAAGCACCUGCUGACAGAAGACAGUAUUGCAUCUCAAGGAAGGCUUGGGGAUGGGGUGGGGGGUAAUGAAGCUCCAGAUGAUGAAGACAGGAUCAGAACCACACUGAGUAAUUAAAUUUUCAGCUUAUCUGUAUAAUUAUUUAUGAUUCUCUUUCUGUUCCUAGUUGGUACUAAUCUUCCUUCAAGGAUGAAGGGAGAAGUUUCUCUAAGUCCCCCCAAUCACUCUUCACCUCUAUUCCUGGUUCUUUACCACCAUCGACAUAUGGUCAUUUUGAUGAAGUACCUUCAGCUGAAAUUCUUAGUUAGCCUAGCUGUUUGGGAUUUGAGGGCACACAUGUGUUCUAGAACCAUCAUGGUAAAAAAAAAAAAUCACUUGCCAAAGUUGCCCUUUUGAAACAAAGUUGUUUCCACCUGCAAGCCUUCUGCCACCCUUGAACUAGACCAGGUUAAGCUUGAGUUUCAAGUGUCUGGAAAUUCCAGCUGAAACCUGUCUUUCACGCUGCUCACCUGGGUACUCUGAAGUUGGGCGUGUGUGUGUGUGUGUAAUGUGAAAUUUAGCAGUGACCGAGGGCACUAAUGUUCAAGUGCACGUUCGAACAUAAACUUGAGCAGUUGCUUUUACUUCAGGACUCUCAGCUAUUUUUCUGAUGCUCCUUGCAAGUAUGCAGCUUAUUAUCCCAGCCCACUUCGUAGAGUCUGUUUGAACAGCAGUGAGAUUAGAAUAGUACCUCUCCCUCCUUGGAUUGGCAGAAGGGUACACACCAAAUUCUCGACCUUGAGCUUUGAAUCUUGGCAGUCAGACAUGAUUUCUCACUCAAUAAUUUAAACCCUUGAAACCAAACUAUCGCUAACACCUAGUCAGGGCUCUGACUCCAUGUGGGAUGUGGCCUGGCCCACACCUGAAGAAUCUGGCAAACUGAAAGAGUUUGGGUAGGCAAGAUUUUGGGUUCCUGGUGUGUAGUAGUGGAGUGGUUUGACCUUCAGGUAUUCCCAUCCCAAGUUUGAUAUUUCCCUGGGAGUUAGUGUCAUCUGUGUGUGAGUCUGUUUUGUGGUGACAUAACAAUAAGUUUGCUAAUUCUGAAUAUGUUUGUCCCUCAGCUACUCCUCUCACACUAGCUCCUGACCUUCAUGGUGGGUUAAGAUUUUAACAAGUCUUGUCUUGUUAACUUUGGGGAAAUGGUAGCAUUCAAAAGCAACUCUCCACCUUGAACAAUAGUGCCUUUCUAGUUGAUCUUCAGUGCCUUAUUUAGGAUGCACCUAAAUUCUGAGCUCAAAUGUCCUCUUCUGAGGAUGAUGAACUAUAGCUAUGCAGUUGUGAGCCAAGCCCUUGAUGCACAUAGAACCAUUCCACUGGGGUACUAACUAGGGAGAACCCAUUGAAUGGGAUUUGUAAGGUGCAAGAGCUUGCCAUUGCCAAAGCUAGCAUCAUAUCCUUUAUCUGGCAGAGACCAAGGAAGUCACAGCUGACUUUGGACCAUACUCCAACUCAAUUAAAUUCAGAGGACCAAGGGAGGUAUGUAGACUGGGUGGUAUUAAAACAUCCACCAACCCUUCAUAAUUAUUUGUGGGGACUUCCAAGUUGUGAAACAGGAAAGAAAAAAAUGCUUUUUGUAAGUUCAAGUUCUAAAUCAUGUUUACCUAUCACUUUACCAAAAAAAAAAAAAAUUGCUGAUGUGUAAGCCAAGAAAAUAGUGUUGCUUGCACAUAGUGAGAGUUGGUACAAGUUGUCAUUUGUUUUCAUAGGAAGGUAAGCAGGUCAUCCACUAAAGAGGAAGUCAUUAAGUAAGUCUCUGGUCAUUUAAAUGUUGUAACCAAUUAGCCUCUUUUUGUUUUUGUUGGGUAAAAUAAAUAAAUGCUUAGGAAAAUUGACUUAUCACUGAUUUCCAAACUGAUCUCGAUAACAAGUAACACAUUCAUUAGACUUCAUUGGAAGAGGUUUUCUUAAGGGGGUGGGGGUGUAUAUUUAAAUAGCCCUUUGAACAUUCAUUCCUUAGCAGUACCUAGACUAUGUGAGUUUUCCUCUUUGGUGUAAUGGUCAUGGGCCUUCUUACAUGUUCCAGGUAAAAUCACUUGUCAAUGGAAAAUGUGUUAGAACUUGACAAAAUUUGAAACUUUGAGUUUGAGAAAUAAAGAUGUAUUUAAAAGCCAA